UUCCCAAAAUAAAAUCCUUACCCAAACGGUGCUGAAGUAGAGCUUCUCAUAGAAAACCCUACCCGCGCCGUCGGCAAAACCGGUGACCAAUUCUAACAUACGCCGGGGAUGGAAAUUUUUAAACCCCUGCAAACAAAGGCGUUUAAAAGGGCAAAAAAAGAGAGCGGAAAUCUUUUUUUUUUUUUUGAAGUUCCUAUUUAAAAAAUAAAACAAAAUCUCCAUAGGGUUUUUUUUUUUGCCAAACAUGGAUGUAUAUAAUGGUCGUCUUUGGCGUCUUCAUGUACUUCAUAGUUGCAGGAGCUCUGAAACUGCGGAAGGAACUUGCAAUAAUAAGAAGCUUUUUGUUCAUAAGAUCUCCACUCUCCGCAGGAGUCCAUAAACGCCAAGAAACCCAUCGCCCUCCGUUGUAUGAAAAAAGCGAAGCAAUGUCGACUGAUCUUAACGAUUAUACCAUCAUCAAAGAGGGAGAAGCUGAGAUUCUCAUGCACGCCAAGAACGAAGUGUUUUACAACAAGACCCAGGUUAACAACAGAGACAUAUCAAUUGCUGUUCUGAGGACAUUUAUAUCCAAAUGCAAGGAGGAGCAUGAAGCAGUCUUGUCCAAAAGAAUGAAAAUAGGGCAAAAGGCAUCGGAGGAGGAUGGAAGUGUUGUAGAGGGAGCACCUACUCAGUCUGCAACAUGUAAUGAAAAAUCCAAUGGAAAAUGUGAAGAGCUGGAAGGUACUUCUCAAGAUGAACCAUGUAGCAUCUCAGAAGAUGCACCCAAGGCCUCAGAGGCCAAAGGUCGACGGGAACUGAAACCACCCAGAGUUCUUGAGGCCUUGUCAGCUUCUGGGUUAAGGGCUCUAAGAUAUGCACUUGAAGUGGAAGGGAUUGGUCAAGUUGUCGCCCUGGACAAUGAUAAAGUCUCUGUUGAAGCUUGUAAGAGAAACGUAAAAUUUAAUGGUUCAGUGGCGUGUUCAAAGGUGGAAUCGCAUCUUGCCGAUGCUCGUGUAUAUAUGCUCACCCACCCAAAAGAAUUUGACGUGGUUGAUCUUGAUCCUUAUGGCUCACCUUCUGUGUUCUUGGAUUCUGCGGUACAAUCUGUUGCUGAUGGAGGCAUUUUGAUGUGUACAGCAACUGACAUGGCGGUGCUGUGUGGGGGUAAUGGGGAGGUUUGCUAUUCCAAAUAUGGUUCCUAUCCAUUGAGAGGAAAGUAUUGCCAUGAGAUGGCUUUGAGGAUUCUCCUUGCCUCCAUUGAGAGCCAUGCAAAUCGCUACAAGCGGUACAUUGUUCCUGUGCUAUCGGUUCAGAUGGACUUUUAUGUGCGGGUGUUUGUUCGUAUAUACACCUCUGCAAGCGCAAUGAAGAAUACCCCACUAAAGCUCUCCUAUGUUUAUCAGUGCACUGGUUGUGAUUCUUUUCAUCUUCAGCCUAUUGGGAGGACUGUCUCCAAGAAUAACAGUGUAAGGCAUCUACCUGGGUUUGGGCCUGCUGUUCCUCAAGAGUGCAACGAUUGUGGGAAGAAAUUUAACAUGGGUGGGCCUAUAUGGUCUGCUCCCAUCCAUGAUCAAGAGUGGGUUACUUCCAUUCUAGCUGAUGUGAAAUCUUUGAAGGAUCGUUAUCCUGCUUUUGAUCGAAUCUCUGCUGUAUUGACGACAAUUUCAGAGGAAUUGCCUGACAUUCCUCUGUUUGUGAGCCUGCACAAUCUUUGUGCAACACUAAAAUGCACAUCUCCAUCAGCAGUUAUUUUCCGUUCUGCUGUGAUCAAUGCAGGAUAUCGUAUAUCUGGAACUCAUGUGAAUCCACUGGGACUGAAAUCAGAUGCGCCCAUGGAUGUCAUUUGGGACAUUAUGCGCUGCUGGGUAAAAAAUCAUCCAGUGAAAGCACAACCACCAGAUCAAUCAGGAAGUGUGAUACUUGCCAAGGAACCAGUUCUUCAAGCCAAUUUUGCUCGAGCAGUUGCAUCCCUUAGCAAAGCACAGGCCAAGAAAGUGGCACGCUUCCUUCCAAAUCCUGAGAGGCAUUGGGGCCCUAAGCUCAGGGCUGGUCGUCAGAUCACCAGCAAGCAUAUUUCUCUGUUAGGUCCCCAGGCCUUAAAUGGAUCUCAUGACCGUGAAGAAGAUGGCGAAGAGCACAAUGCCAAGCGUCCAAAGACCACCGACAAUCCCCUUCCUGUUUCACAGGACUGAGUUCUCUUGCGAAAUUUUCUUUUUACCCAUUUGUUGAGUGUAACUUACGUUCUAUUCUUAUAUCUAUAAGUCAACACAAUUAGUUUAAUUUAGUUUACGUCAAAAAAUUUUGCUCAUGUGGAUUCUUUGUUUGCUUGUUUUUAAUUUUCCUUUUCUUCUCAGUUUUGGGAAUAAAGUUUGUUGAGAAAUCUUACGGUUUUAAA